AUGGACAAGCUCCCCGACGGCACAAAUCUAGUCAUUGUCGUGUCCUUCGGGCUCUUCGUCCCCCCUCGGAUCCUGGCAUCCGCCAAAUACGGAGGUCUGAAUGUCCACCCAUCCUUAUUGCCCGACCUCCGCGGCCCGGCGCCAAUUCACCACGCCCUCCUCAGGGGAGACACGCACAUGGGGGUAUCGCUACAGACUCUGGAUGACAGGGCCUUUGACCACGGGACUAUUCUUGCGCAGAGCCCCGCGCCGGGCAUGCCCAUCGCGCCGGACGCCUCGUUCCAAGAGGUCCUGUCUGCUGUGGCGGUCGAAGGCGCAGAGAUGCUGAUCCAGGGAUUGCGCGACGGUGUUCAUGUUGCGCCCCGGGAGGACGUGGGCUGGAAAGCGGCCGCGCUGCAAGGCAAGCAACUCGUCCACGCACCAAAGAUUACAAAGGCAGACGGACAGAUACACUGGUCUGCGUGGACGGCAGAGCAGUUUGCUAGAAGGGUUAGGGUGCUGGGGUCAGUGUGGACACAUGCGGUCAGUGAUAGGGGUGUCAGAAAGAGAGUGAUUUUCUUGGAUGCUGGGCCAGUGGCACAGGGAGACGUGUUGCGGCAAGGCGGGGAGGGCAGGUUGGUAUGCGAGCAUGAGGGUGCAGAUGAGAAGAGGGCGGGGCGGCAUGAGAUGAAGGUGGUGCUUCAACAGGAUGGCUCGUGUUUGAUUGGCAUCCCUGGCGACUCUUGGAUACGCGUUGAGAAGGUCAAGGUUGAUGGGAAGCCAGAGCAGAUGGCUGCCAUUGCUCUUGGGAACUUUGUCCGAUGA